CACCACGUCUGGCCAACCAGGGUUGCGCAUAGCAACGAAGAGUCCAUUCUUUCGCUAAAUAACAACAUUGUGCUCGUCGCCUGGAGAAGAUUGUACGGUGGGAACAAUUUCUAAAGUGUUUUACUGAUAAAACCCGUAUAUUCAACAAAUUUCGGAACUAACGGAGAGCUAUGUAGCGGUAAGAAACUUUGUAAUUUUUGAGACGUGGUUGGAUCAAUGGAAGAAUGUCCACGCGGGUUAAAGCGGUCCCAGCUCAGAGGACCCGGUCCUUGCUAACCACAGGGGAUAUGUACACACAUAAUACAAUCGAUACUACAUCCCAUCAUCUCCCUCCAUUAAGUAGUCAGACGGUCGGCGGAACGGCUCACAGUUCUCAUAUGAAUACCAGCGUCAAAGUACAGCAGUUGUUUGAAGACCACAAACACCAUCACGAAAAGCGAGAUAACCAAAAUGGCGGCGAUCACAAUGAAGACAAUCAACCACACAACGUCCCCGCAAGGCCCAGUUCCAGUGCUGGGAGUAACACAAGUAAGGGCGGGUCAGCGGCCAGAAGUCGAAACACCAUGACUCCAGAAACUGCUAUGAAGCAGUAUAUGCAUAAACUGAGUUCGUUUGAACAUCACGAAAUUUUCAAUUUUCCACAGAUUUAUUUUGUUGGUCAAAAUGCAAAGAAAAGGCAAGGAGUCAUUGGAGGAGCAAAUAACAAUGGUUAUGAUGAUGAUAAUGGAUCGUACAUUCAUGUACCUCAUGACCAUGUAUCUUACCGCUAUGAAGUUCUGAAAGUGAUCGGAAAGGGUAGUUUUGGCCAGGUAGUGAAGGCAUACGACCAUAGAAUAUCUCAGCAUGUAGCACUGAAGAUGGUUAGAAAUGAGAAACGGUUUCAUCGCCAAGCACAAGAAGAAAUCAGAAUUUUAGAACAUCUUAAAAAACAGGACAAAGACAAUCUCAUGAAUAUUGUACAUAUGUUAGAACAUUUUACGUUCCGAAAUCACAUAUGCAUAACUUUUGAAUUGUUGAGUAUGAAUUUGUAUGAGCUCAUAAAAAAGAACAAAUUUCAGGGAUUCAGUUUGCAGCUUGUACGUAAGUUUGCACACUCAAUAUUGCAAUGCUUAGAUGCUCUGUAUAAAAAUAGAAUAAUUCACUGUGAUCUCAAACCAGAAAACAUUCUAUUGAAACAACAGGGACGGAGUGGAAUCAAAGUGAUUGAUUUCGGCUCUAGCUGCUACGAACAUCAGCGGAUAUAUACUUACAUUCAGUCAAGAUUCUACAGGGCACCUGAAGUUAUUCUUGGGGCCAAGUAUGGAAUGCCUAUCGAUAUGUGGAGUCUUGGAUGCAUUCUCGCAGAGUUGCUAACUGGUUACCCCCUGUUCCCAGGCGAAGAUGAAGGGGAUCAGUUGGCAUGCAUCAUCGAACUCUAUGGUAUGCCACCACAAAAACUGUUGGACCAGUCAAAACGAGCACGGAAUUUUAUAAGUUCUAAGGGUUUUCCAAGAUACUGUACAGUAUCAACUUUACCCGAUGGCAGUACUGUUCUAAACGGUGGACGGUCGAGGCGAGGCAAAACAAGAGGCCCACCACAGAGUAAAGAUAUGGUAACGGCCCUGAAAGGAACCGAUGAUCCACUUUUCAUCGAUUUCAUGAAGCGUAGCUUGGACUGGGACCCCGCUACACGCAUGACGCCAGGACAGGCUCUUAGACACCCAUGGUUACGCCGCAGACUCCCGAAGCCGCCAUCAAAUGAGGUUCGGUUGGAUUCGGGUACCAUGCGUACUUCUGGAGCCAGUCGCACCACAGGGAUGCCAAAAUUAUCCAAUGGGUCGAUUUCAGCUAGUGGUAAAACUCGACACCUUGGUAUAGGCGAUGAGUUAAAUGCUAGAACGAAAUUACCACAGAUUGGAUCAACUCUAUAGCAUGCAAACAAACUUACUGACAAUAUGAAGUUUAUGAGAUUGUGUACAAUCAAAAUUUGAAAAAACCGUCCAAUAUGCUUUGCUGCAGCAGUAAUGUGUGAUACUAGCAUUUUUUUUCAACAAAAACAUUUUAACAGUGGAGAAUUAUACUAUUAAAGCAUGGUAGAUCUUUCUAAACAUUUUAAUAUUGUGUUUGCAGAUUGGAUUUCAAUUCUAUACAAUUUCGGGGCUUCAGGGCUCAAACUUAACAAAGACACCAGCGGUAAUUGCCAGAGUUAAGUACUGUAUUAAUUGCUGUAGGAAAGAGUCUUUAAUGAUGGCAGGGUUUUUUUUCUUAGCUGCUGGAUAAAAAUUAUUAGUUGGUUGAAGGGAUAUUUUUGGUUUUUAUAUUUGUUUUAAAAGUUUGUGGUUUCAAAUUGCUAUAAGCAGGCUAAAAAUUGCAGUAGGUAACAAUUCUCAAGUUCGAGCCCUGCAAAUGGGAUGUUUGCAGAUUGGAUUUCAGUUCUAUACAGAUCGGAUGUAAUGAUAUGUGGAUUGUGGCAAGUAUACACACAGAUGUAUUCUGUCAAGUGGGAAUUAAUAUACCAGAUUCUGUGUCGAGAUGGACUUGAAAUACUUUCUGCAUCACUGAAUCAAAUGGAAUAUCUUGUUACAAUUUUAUGAAUUGAGAAAUGAUUGAAGCUACCGGUCCUAAAACCAGUUAAAAAACAGCUUUAUCUGUGAUGUGACAUGUUGUUUUUGUUUUCUUUUCCCUCUUUUAAAGAAAAAAACAAAUGUUUUUUUGAAGCUUUGACCAUUUUUUAUGAUUACUUUAUCAUUUGUACCUGGUGUGUUAUAAUUUCAUUAUAUUAAGAUAAGUGCAGUGCAAGUAUGUCAAAACUAUUGUUCAAACAGAUUUACUGUACAUACAGGUGUGUGUAUAUAUAUAUAUAUAUAUAUAUAUAUAUAUAUAUAUAUAUAUAUUGUGCUCACUGACACCGUAAUAGUGACAAUAUACAAUUUAUAUGGGACUGCAGAGCACGUUUUAAAGUAGGGUUAGGGUGGCUAAAUUGAACUGAAUAGCAAAUAUUGCAUUUAAUUAAUUCUUGACAUCACCUGUCCAUUAAGGCUUGAAAUUCUGUGGAAUGGGAAGCAGUUUCUGCUUCUGACAUUUUAGUGCAAAAAACAAAUGCUGCUCAUUGCUAGAAACUGAGUUCUAGCCAUUUUAGAUCACUUGUACUGAUAUUAAAAAAAGAAAAAAGAGUGAUGCUUUAUUAAACCAUAACUCUCUCUCUCUUUUUUUGUUGUUGCAAUAUCUAAUUUAAUAUUAGUUGUUCAAAAGUUGACAUCGUUGACAUUAAUUCUUUAAAAUCUGAAUAGUAUGUCAUGCCUUACGAUGGAAAGCAAAAGCUGCUUGUGAAAUUGAUUAUAUAAAUAUAAAUGAGAAAGCAUUUUUUUGUGUUUUUAAGUAGCAGUUACCUCUUGCUCCCUGUCAGUUUUUAAACCAGGUACAGUAUAUAUUUAAAUCUUAAAUUUAUUUUUAGAAUGAAGAUGUCCAAUAUCAAAUCAAUCUAGUUGUAUUACAUAUGAUGAUGUUGCAUUUUUAAUGCAGGGCUAGCUCUGGGUGAGCAAAACAUUUCGCCAAAUUGUUUAUUAAACUUCAAAAAUAGUCAAAAUUGUAUUAUUUUCUAAAAAAAAUCUAUUAUUACAUGAAAUUAUUUCACUAAAAUAAAAUUCGCCAAAUGCUUUCAAAUUUCGCAUUUGGCGAAUUUGGCGAGUGCCAGAGCUAGCCCUGUAAUGCCAUCUACCACUUGUAUUGUGGCUUGAAUGAAAACUGUUUGUACACGUUAAUAUUCACUGGCUGAAUGUUUGAAGUAAGGACUGAAAGGUUUUUGUUAUUUUUAGUUACCAUUUUAGGAUUUUAAAAAAACAUGUAUAUAUAAUAAUAUACUUUAAGAUUUUAACUAAAUUCUUUAUUAAUU